CCCCGGGGGCGUAGUUGCUGGCACCUCCAGCGCGGGACCUCGGUGGCUCGGGGGCUCCCAGCGCUAAGUAGGGAGCGCUGAUGACCGCCGGGGGCGGAGGGUCUGCGGUCAUGGAGCACCUUUUCCUAGAGGUGGCGGCCGCGCCGCUGCGCUUACUCGCUGCCAAGAACGAGAAGAGCCGCAGCGAACUGGGCAGGUUCUUGGCCAAGCAGGUGUGGACACCUCAAGAUCGCCAGUGUAUCCUGAGCACCUUAGCACAAUUACUUCUGGAUAAAGACUGUACUGUGCUGGUUGGUCGCCAGCUGCGCCCUCUUCUUUUGGAUUUGUUGGAAAGGAAUGCUGAAGCCAUUAAAGCUGGAGGCCAAAUCAACCACGAUCUACACGAACGGCUCUGUGUGUCAAUGAGCAAACUCAUUUGUAACCAUCCUGACGUCCUCCCGUUUGCCCUGAGGUAUUUCAAGGACACUUCUCCAGUCUUCCAAAGACUCUUCCUAGAGAGUUCAGAUGCUAAUCCAGUCCGCUAUGGGCGCAGGCGGAUGAAGCUCCGGGACCUAAUGGAAGCAGCUUACAAGUUUCUGCAGAACGAGCAGUCCGUGUUCCGGGAGCUCUGGGACUGGAGUGUGUGUGUCCCUCUCCUCAGAAGCCAUGACACCUUGGUCCGCUGGUACACAGCCAAUUGUCUUGCUUUGGUCACCUGUAUGAAUGAAGAGCACAAGUUGUCAUUCCUUAAGAAGAUUUUUAAUAGUGAGGAACUGAUCCAUUUCAGGUUAAGGUUAUUAGAAGAGGCCCAGCUGCAGGACUUGGAGAAGGCCUUGGUUUUGGCUAAUCCAGAAGCCUCCCUUUGGCGUAAGGAGAAAGAGCUGCAGUACUUACAGGGCCAUCUUGUUUCAGCUGAUCUCUCUGCCAGGGUGACUGCUGUCUGUGGCGUGGUGCUGCCUGGGCAGCCACCAGCCCCUGGAGAGCAGGCUAGUAAUAGAAGUUCUUCUCGUGAACAGGAGCUGGCCUUUAGGUCUUAUGUGCUGGUUGAUUCAAUCUGCAAAAAUCUUCAGACGCUGGCUAUGGCAGUGGCUUCUCAGAAUGCUGUGUUGUUGGAAGGACCGAUAGGAUGUGGCAAAACUUCCUUAGUUGAAUACUUAGGUGCAAUGACGGGUAGAAGGAAGCCCCCUCAGCUUCUUAAAGUCCAGCUUGGAGAUCAGACCGACAGUAAGAUGCUGUUGGGAAUGUAUCGCUGCACAGAUGUCCCAGGAGAGUUUGUGUGGCAACCUGGUACCCUGACACAGGCAGCCACAAAGGGACACUGGAUCCUUCUGGAGGAUAUUGACUAUGCCCCUUUAGAUGUGGUUUCUGUGCUGAUCCCUCUCUUGGAGAACGGAGAGCUCUUGAUUCCCGGCCGAGGUGACUGUCUGAAAGUGGCUCCUGGAUUUCAGUUCUUUGCAACUAGGAGACUCUUGAGCUGUGGAGGAAAUUGGUAUCGACCUCUAAAUAGUCAUGCUGCUCUGCUAGACAAAUAUUGGACCAAAAUUCACAUGGAUAACAUGGAUAAGAAAGAACUGAAUGAGGUUCUUCAGAACAGAUAUCCCAGCCUCUUGGCAGUAACUGAUCACUUGCUUGACAUUUACAUCCAAAUUACUGGAGAGAAACAUCACUCUCAGAAUGAUAGUUCUGUUACCUGUGAACAGGCACCUGAGGAAGUUUCAGAAGCCAGAAGAGAAAACAAAGGACUAAGCCUUGAGGGAAGAGAGUUGUCUCUAAGGGAUCUACUGAAUUGGUGUAAUAGGAUCGUUCAUAGCUUUGACAGUCUGUCUUCAUCAGCAUCCUUAAAUAUUUUUCAAGAGGCUCUGGACUGUUUCACAGCAAUGCUUUCUAAGCAUACAAGCAAACUGAAAAUGGCAGAAGUCAUUGGAAGCAAAUUGAACAUUUCCAAGAAAAAGGCUGAAUUUUUCUGUCAACUUUAUAAACCGGAAAUUGUGAUCAAUGAGUUAGACGUGCAAGUGGGUCGAGUGCGGCUUCUUCGGAAACAAAGUGAGGCUGUCCACAUACAGAGGGAGAAGUUCACUUUUGCUCCCACAAGGCCAUCCUCCAUUCUUAUCGAACAGCUUGCAGUGUGUGUUAGCAAAGGGGAACCGGUAUUGCUGGUGGGAGAGACUGGGACUGGCAAAACCUCUACUGUCCAGUACUUGGCUCACAUUACAGGCCACCAUUUGAGGGUUGUCAAUAUGAAUCAACAAAGUGACACUGCAGACUUGCUUGGAGGUUACAAACCGGUGGACCAUAAACUUAUUUGGCUGCCCUUACGGGAGGCAUUUGAAGAACUCUUUGCCCAGACAUUUUCCAAGAAGCAAAACUUUACAUUCUUAGGACACAUUCAGACCUGUUACAGGCAGAAACGGUGGCAUGAUCUCCUCAGACUAAUGCAGCAUGUACACAAGUCGGCCGUCAACAAGGAUGGAAAAGAAAGUGAAACUGGGUUACUCCUAAAAGAGAAAUGGGAAGCAUUGGGUCUAGACUCAGCCAUGCUCAGCAAACAGAUGAAUGACGAAAAUGCCCUCUUGUUUGCAUUCGUAGAGGGUACACUAGCUCAAGCCGUAAAGAAAGGAGAGUGGAUCUUAUUGGAUGAGAUUAAUCUGGCUGCUCCAGAAACAUUAGAAUGUCUCAGUGGUUUACUCGAAGGCUCCUCUGGCUCACUGGUGUUGCUAGAUCGAGGAGAUACAGAACCACUGGUUCGUCAUCCCGACUUCCGUUUGUUUGCCUGUAUGAACCCAGCAACAGAUGUGGGCAAAAGGAAUCUUCCACCAGGAAUAAGAAACAGGUUCACAGAACUUUAUGUAGAAGAAUUGGAAAGUAAAGAAGAUUUACAGAUUCUUAUUGUGGAUUAUCUGAAAGGACUGAGUGUGAAUAAGAUCACAGUGCAAGGAAUUAUCAACUUGUACACAGCUCUACGGAAAGACUCUGGGACAAAAUUAGUGGAUGGAACUGGCCAUAGACCUCACUACAGCCUUCGGACUCUUUGCAGGGCCCUGCGAUUUGCAGCCUCCAAUCCGUGUAGCAACAUUCAGCGCUCACUCUAUGAGGGCUUUUGUUUGGGUUUCUUAACACAGCUUGAUAGGGCAUCACAUCCAGUAGUUCAGAAGCUCAUUUGUCAACACCUUAUCUCUGGCAGUGUAAAAAGUCUGCUGAAGCAGCCUAUUCCAGAACAAGGAGGUCGUCUUAUCCAAGUCGAAGGAUACUGGAUUUGUGGAGACAGGGAACCUACAAUAGAUGAGACCUACAUUCUUACGUCUUCUGUUAAGCUAAACCUGAGAGACAUAGUCCGAGUGGUUUCUGCAGGAACCUAUCCAGUGUUGAUUCAGGGAGAGACAUCAGUUGGUAAAACAAGCCUGAUCCGGUGGCUGGCAGCAGCUACUGGUAACCAUUGUGUGCGUAUUAACAAUCACGAACACACAGAUAUUCAGGAGUAUAUUGGUUGUUACACAUCUGACUCUUCAGGGAAGCUUGUGUUUAAAGAAGGUAUUCUUAUUGAUGCUAUGAGAAAGGGCUAUUGGAUUAUUUUAGAUGAAUUAAAUUUGGCCCCUACCGAUGUGUUAGAGGCACUGAACAGAUUACUGGAUGAUAACCGUGAAUUGCUCAUCACAGAAACACAAGAAGUUGUUAAAGCUCACCCUCGGUUCAUGCUUUUUGCUACCCAAAAUCCCCCAGGACUUUAUGGAGGCAGAAAGGUGCUUUCUAGAGCCUUCAGGAAUCGGUUUGUGGAGCUGCAUUUUGAUGAACUGCCUAGUUCUGAGCUGGAGACAAUCUUGCAUAAGCGCUGCAGUUUGCCACCCUCCUAUUGUAGCAAGUUGGUUAAAGUCAUGCUGGACCUUCAGUCCUAUCGCAGAAGUUCUUCAGUGUUUGCUGGAAAACAGGGCUUCAUCACCCUUCGUGAUCUGUUUCGAUGGGCUGAAAGAUACAGAUUGGCUGAACAGACUGAGAAAGAGUAUGACUGGCUACAGCAUUUAGCCAAUGAUGGUUUUAUGCUUCUCGCAGGCCGAGUCAGGAAGCAGGAGGAAAUUGAUGUGAUUCAAGAAGUUAUUGAAAAACAUUAGAAAAAAUUGUGUCCUCAAUCUUUCUCCAAAGAAAAUGUCUUAAAAUUACUGAGUAAAUUGUCCACUCGGGUAUCCAUGUUGGAAUCUGAGUUCGCCACAUUGUGUGGACUGCGGGGCAUGCGGAGACGGCAUGCUGGUAGGAGGGCGCUGGAAUUUGGUGAACCAGUGCUACUGGUUGGGGACACUGGGUGUGGGAAAACUACUGUCUGUCAGAUGUUUGCAGGCUUGGCAAAUCAGAAACUAUACUCUGUUAACUGCCACUUACAUGAGACAUCGGAUUUCCUGGGAGGGCUGCGACCAGUGAGACGAAGCCAAAGGACAAAGGAAGAAAUUGAUACAUCAAGACUUUUUGAGUGGCAUGAUGGUCCUCUAGUUUCUGGCCAUGAAGAGGAUGGCUUUUUUCUCUUGGAUGAAAUCUCACUGGCUGACGACUCUGUUCUGGAAAGACUCAACAGUGUCCUUGAGGUGGAAAAGUCCUUGGUAUUAGCUGAAAAAGGCAGUGUAGAAGACAAGGAUAAUGAGGUAGAGCUGUUGACUGCUGGGAAGAAAUUCCGUAUCUUAGCAACCAUGAACCCUGGGGGCGACUUUGGAAAAAAAGAGUUGUCUCCUGCCUUAAGAAACAGGUUUACAGAAAUAUGGUGCCCACAAAGCACAGGUCGUGAAGAUUUAAUUCAGAUUAUCAGCCAUAACCUUCGUCCAGGAUUGUCUCUGGGCAAAGUAGAUCAUAAAGGGGCUGACAUAGCUGAGGUGAUGCUGGAUUUCAUUGAAUGGCUGACCCACCAGGAAUUUGGCCGAAGGUGUGUGGUCAGUAUCAGAGAUAUCCUGUCCUGGGUUAACUUCAUGAACACAAUGGGGGAGGAAGCUGCUUUGAAACGGCCAGAGACCAUCUCCACUGUGACAUCUUUUGUCCAUGCUGCAUGCCUGGUGUACAUAGAUGGAAUAGGUUCAGGGGUAACUUCCUCAGGGUUUGGUACAGCUCUCUUGGCUCGCAAAGAAUGUCUGAAAUUCCUAAUCAAGAAACUUUCCAAAAUAGUGAGACUUACAGAGUGUCAGAAAAAUGAAUUGAAGAUUUAUGACAGACUCAAGGCCAAAGAAUUUACUGGAAUAGAUAACCUUUGGGGAAUUCAUCCAUUUUUUAUACCAAGGGGACCUGUCCUUCACAGGAAUAAUAUUGCUGACUAUGCACUCAGUGCAGGCACCACUGCUAUGAAUGCCCAGAGGCUCUUAAGAGCUACAAAAUUGAAUAAACCCAUUCUCCUGGAGGGCUCUCCUGGUGUGGGCAAGACAAGUUUGGUGACAGCAUUAGCAAAGGCUUCAGGCAACAUCCUUGUUCGAAUCAACUUGUCAGAACAGACGGACAUCACAGACCUGUUUGGAGCAGAUCUACCUGUUGAAGGUGGCAAGGGAGGAGAGUUUGCCUGGCGGGAUGGCCCUUUGCUGGCGGCUCUGAAGGCAGGCCAUUGGGUUGUGUUGGAUGAGCUCAACCUGGCUUCUCAGUCUGUAUUGGAAGGACUCAAUGCUUGUUUUGACCACCGAGGAGAAAUUUAUGUUCCUGAGUUAGGAAUGAGCUUUCAAGUACAGCAUGAAAAGACGAAGAUUUUUGGGUGUCAGAAUCCCUUUAGACAAGGAGGUGGGAGGAAGGGCUUGCCAAGAUCUUUCCUUAACAGAUUCACUCAGGUCUUUGUGGAUCCCCUUACAGUAGUUGACAUGGAAUUCAUUGCCAGUACUCUGUUUCCAGCCAUUGACAAAAAUAUUGUUAAGAAGAUGGUUGCUUUCAACAACCAAAUUGAUCACGAAGUGACUGUUGAAAAGAAAUGGGGGCAAAAAGGAGGACCCUGGGAAUUCAACCUUCGGGACCUUUUCCGCUGGUGUCAGUUGAUGCUAGUUGACCAGUCCCCCGGGUGUUAUGAUCCUGGUCAGCAUGUGUUUUUGGUCUAUGGUGAAAGAAUGAGAACCAAGGAAGACAAGGAAAAGGUCAUUGCUGUAUUCAAGAAUGUGUUUAGUUCAAAUUCCAGCCCAUACAUGGGAACCAGACUAUUUCACAUCACUCCCUAUGAUGUUCAGCUGGGCUACUCAGUCCUCUCCCGUGGCAGUUACGCUCCUCUCCUGUCUCGCCAUCCACUGUCACUCCUGCACCAAUCAUUACAGUCUCUGGAGUCAGUUAUGAAGUGUGUGCAGAUGAGCUGGAUGGUCAUCCUUGUGGGGCCAGCCUCUGUGGGCAAGACCAGCCUGGUGCAGCUCCUGGCACACCUUACUGGUCACACGUUAAAGAUCAUGGCUAUGAACAGUGCAAUGGACACUACGGAGCUUCUAGGUGGAUUUGAGCAGGUUGAUCUUAUACGGCCAUGGAGGCAGCUGCUAGAAAAGGUGGAAGGCACUGUAAGGGCACUUUUAAGAGACAGCCUCCUUAUCAGUGCUGACGACGCAGAAGUAGUGCUGCGAGCCUGGAGUCAUUUCCUUCUGACUUACAAACCCAAGUGUCUUGGAGAUGGUGGUAAAGGUAUCACGAUGGAGAUUGUCAACAAGCUGGAAGCAGUAUUAUUGCUUAUGCAGAGACUCAACAAUAAAAUCAACUCCUACUCCAAGGCAGAGUUUGCCAAACUUGUGGAAGAAUUCCGAAAUUUUGGGGCGAAGCUUCUGCAAUCCACCAGUGGUCACAGCCAUGGCACAUUUGAAUGGGUUGACAGCAUGUUGGUUCGGGCUCUGAAGUCUGGAGAUUGGCUUUUGAUGGACAAUGUUAACUUCUGCAACCCAUCAGUGCUGGAUCGUUUGAAUGCUUUGCUGGAACCUGGAGGUGUUCUCACUAUUAGUGAAAGAGGAAUGAUAGAUGGAUCCACUCCCACCAUAACACCAAAUCCCAAUUUCAGACUUUUUCUCUCGAUGGAUCCUGUUCAUGGAGAAAUAUCCCGAGCGAUGAGGAAUCGUGGACUUGAAAUCUACAUUUCAGGAGAAGGGGAUGGGAACAUCCCAGAUAACCUGGAUCUGAAAGUUCUCCUGCACAGCCUUGGGUUGGUGGGGGACAGUGUGUGUGACACCCUCUUGGCUCUACACAUGGAGAUCCAGAGUACUGUUGUAGGUUCUCCAACAUCAUCUAUUUCAACUUUAAUUCAGACAGCCUUACUCAUUGUGCAGUGCCUACAGCGAGGGCUGAGUUUAGACACAGCCUUUUCUGAAGUAUGCUGGGAAGCAUAUGUCCGCUCCCAGCAUUCACCAGCAAACCAAAAGCUUGUGCAGGCUUUACUGGAGAAACAUGUUUUUUCUCUACGAGCCCAUGAAACCUGGGGUAACUCCAUCCUUGCCAUGGGCCUGUGGCCAGAUUCUCUGCCCUCAGCAAUCUUUGCUACAGAAGAUUCUCACCUCUCUAGAGUCCGAAGUGAUGGACAAGUCUUAGUAUAUUGCCUUAACAGGAUGAGCAUGAAAACCAGCAGCUGGGCCAGGAUUCAGCCUCUUACCUUACCAGACUUGGAGAAAAUUAUGCAGUCCUCUAACCCUGAGAGCUUGAAAUUCAGUUCAAUCGAAGUGGCUACUUACUGGAUUGAUGAACCAGAUGUUCUGGCCAUGGCUGUUAAAUUGCUUAUAGAAAGAGCAACCAAUCAAGAUUGGGUGCUCAGAGUUAAAUGGCUUUAUCAUUUAGCCAAGAAUAUACCACAGGGGCUUGAAUCAAUACAGAUUCAUUUGGAAGCCAGUGCUGCAUCACUUAGGAAUUUUUACUCAAAUUCUCUCUCAGCUGGGGUCAGUAAUGUCAUCAAAAUAUUACAACCAAAUAUAACAGAUGAAUUUGUGAUCCCUUUGGACCCCCGGUGGAAUAUACAGGCUUUGGACAUCAUUAGAAAUUCGAUGGACUUUGACCCACAAACCGAUCAGCCUGAGCAGCUCUUUGCCCUUUUAGAGUCUGUUGCAAACAAGACAAUCAUAUAUCUUGACCGGGAAAAACGGAUAUUUACUGAAGCAAAUUUGGUUUCUGUUGGUGGCAAAAAGUUAAGAAAUAGUGUUUUGAGAAUGUCCUUUGAAUUCCAUAAAGAUCCAGAGAGCUAUCACAGCCUGCCCCAUGAAAUUGUGGUCAAUCUUGCUGCUUUUUUUGAACUUGGUGAUGCACUAAUCCUGCUCUGGGUACAGUCCUCCCAGGGGAUGGUGUCUGAUGUCAGUGUCAUGGAGAUCUUGGAUUCCCUGCGGUGGCGGGACCGGUUUUGGACCAUAGCUGACACAGUAAAAGUGGAUGCCUCAGGCCUGGCCCUGCUCGCCCUUCAUUGGCACUGGGUUUUAAAACAUCUGGUCCGUCAGAUCCCUCAACUCCUAAUGAACCAUGAAGACAAAUACUACAAAGAGGUUCAGACUGUCUCAGAACAUAUUCAGAAUUGCUUGGGGAGCCCAACUGGCGGCUUCACUGGUGUAAAGAAGUUGCAAAAGUUCCUGGGACGGCCAUUUCCUUUUAAGAAUAAGCUGGUGGUAGAGUGUUUUUCUCAAUUGAAAGUACUUAACAAAGCACUUGCCAUCAGGGAGUGGAUGCCUGCCCUUGGGGAAAGCGGAUGGUGGGAAGAUGUUAAUCGUCUCCAAGUGGUUGCUUCUAAAUGGACUUUAAAGAAAAGUCUCUUGCAGGCGUGGGGGCUGGUCCUCAGAGCUAAUAUUCUGGAAGAUGUCAAUCCAGAUGAGCUGAAGGAUCUUGUGAAUGCUCACUGUUUAGAACUAAAAGCCAAAGGAAUUUCACUUGGUUUUCUGGAGAAAAAGCACAAUGAAGCUUCCUCCCUGUUCCAACCAGACUUUACCUCCUUAAUCCAACUCACCAGGAGUGUUCAGUUGUGGCCUGCAAUGGAGUACCUGGCUCUGCUUUGGCAGUACAAAGUGACAGCUGAUUUUAUGACACAAGCUUGCCUAAGAAGGUCCAGCAAAAAUCAGCAACCCCAGACAGAUAAGGAGAGAAGUCCUCACAUCCUAUUUUGUCUUAAGCACACACCAAUUGCUCCACAAGAGCUUCAAGCCUUUUGGUACUUACUGCACCAUCAGAAGGUGUCUACUGAAGAAAUUAUUUCCUUGUGGUCUGACUUAUUUAAUUCCACAUUUAUGUCUUUCUGGAGCAGUACUGUUACUACAAAUCCAGAGUACUGGCUAAUGUGGAGCCCUCUGCCUGGUGUACAGCAGAGGGAGAUGCCCAAGUCCCUUUUGGACUCCACAUUGAAGGGCCCUGGCAGUCUCAGUAGAGCCAUCUUCUCCAAGUGCUGCUUUGAAGUAUUGACCAGCAGCUGCAGAGCAAGUCCCUGGGAUGUGAGCGGCCUCCCCAUCCUGUCCUCCUCACACGUCACCCUGGGAGAGUGGGUUGAGAGAGCCCAGCAGCUCCGGGAUAUCAGCUUGGUGCUUUGGACCAACAUGGCUGUGCCUUCAGUCGCAGAGUUCAGAUACACGGAUUCCCAGCUCCAGAGACUUGUGCUGUGCCGGCACUUGGCGGGUUUGGCAGAGCUGCUCCCUGAAUCCCGGCGGCAGGAAUACAUGCAAAACUGUGAGCAGCUGCUGCUCGGGGACAAGCAGACCUUCCAGCAUGUGGGCCAGACUCUUGGGGACAUGGCUGGGCAGGAGGCCCUGCCCAAAGAGCUGCUAUGCCUCUUGCUUACCUCCCUGCGCCACUUGUUUGGGGAAGGGGAUGGUAAGCGGGACCUGCCCGAGCCAGCACGGCGUGGGAGCCUGUGGGUGAGCCUUGGCUUGCUCCAGAUUCAGACAUGGCUUCCGCAGGCCUGCUUUGACCCCGCAGUGAAGAGGGAGUACAAGCUCAAGUACGCUAAGGAAGAGUUACACCAGCUGCAGUGUGAGUGGAAGACCCGAAACCUCUCAUCCCAGCUACACACUGGAAGAGACCUGGAAGAUGAAGUCAUUCUCAGUUACUGUCAUCCUCACAUCAGAUUACUGCGCCAAAGAAUAGAUCAUCUGGAGAACUUAAUCUGCAGCCUGUCGAAGAAGCAGGCCUUCAGACCCCAGGUGCCUGCCUAUGAGUCAUUGGUGCAGGAAAUCCACCACUAUGUCACCAGCAUUGCCAAGGCCCCUGCUGUUCAGGAUCUGCUCACACGGCUCCUGCAGGCUCUCCACAUGGAUGGGCCUCGGUCUGCCCAGGUGGCCCAGAACCUUCUGAAGGAGGAGGCUUCCUGGCAGCAGUCACACCACCAGUUCAGGAAGCGGUUGGCCGAGGAGUAUGCCCUCUAUCCAGAUUCUGUGGCCCCACUGCAGGCAUCCAUCUUGCAGUUGCAGCAUGGCAUGAGGCUGGUGGCAUCUGAGGUCUAUGCUUCACUCCAUGGCAGUGUGGUCUGUGCAGACAGGCUGGGUGCCCUGGCCACAUCCCUGUUGGCUUUUCCAUCGGUGGGCCCCACCUUCCCCACUUACUAUGCUCAUGCAGACGCCUUAUGCUCAGUGAAGUCAGAGGAGGUUCUUCGAGGCCUUGGGAAGUUGAUCCUCAAGCGCUCAGGAGGAAAGGAGCUGGAAGGCAAGGGCCAGAGACCUUGUCCUACCCGAGAGCAGCUGCUGAUGAAUGCCCUCCUUUACCUGCGUUCCCAUGUGCUGUGCAAGGGAGAGCUGGACCAGAGGGCCCUGCAGCUCUUCAGACACGUGUGCCAGGAAAUUAUCAAUGAGUGGGAUGAACAGGAACGCAUAGCCCAAGAGAAGGCUGAGCAGGAAAACAGCUUGUACAGAUACAGGAGCAGGAACUCCAGGACUGCCCUGAGCGAGGAGGAGGAGGAAGAACGGGAGUUCAGAAAGCAGUUCCCACUGCAUGAAAAGGAUUUUGCAGAUAUUUUGGUAGAGCCAACACUGGAGGAGAAGAAGGGAACUUCAGAUGGGCAAGAAGAGGAAGCAGCUUCAGAUCCUGGCCUCCUCUCCCAGAGCUCAAUGCAGGCUGUGAUGCUCAUUCAUCAGCAGCUGUGCCUCAACUUUGCUCGGUCCCUCUGGUACCAACAGACUUUGCCACCACAUGAGACAAAGCAUUACCUUGGCCUGUUUCUAUCCUGCUAUCAAACUGCGGCAUCUCUUGUGACACAGUUCUACCCUCUGAUGGGAGCUGAACUGAAUGACCAACUCCUGGGCAGCCAACUUUUGGCCUGUACCCUCUCCCAUAACACUCUCUUUGGUGAGGCAGCCUCAGAUCUGAUAGUGAAGCCUGAUGGGCCCUAUGACUUCUACCAGCACCCCAAUGUCCCAGAAGCAAGGCAUUGUCAACCUGUGCUUCAGGGUUUCUCAGAGGCUGUCAGUCAGCUGCUGCAGGAUUGGCCGGAACACCCAGCCCUUGAGCAGCUGCUGGUUGUAAUAGACAGAAUUCGUAGUUUCCCACUUUCCAGUCCUAUCUCAAAGUUGCUGAAUGGCUUAGAGAUCCUUCUAGCAAAGGCACAGGAUUGGGAGGAGAAUGCAAGUCGAGCUCUGUCUCUGCGGAAACAUCUCGAUUUAGUCAGUCAGACGAUCAUUCGUUGGCGUAAACUGGAACUGAACUGCUGGUCUAUGAGUUUGGAUAAUACCAUGAAGCGCCAUACUGAGAAAUCCACCAAGCACUGGUUCUCCAUCUACCAGAUGCUUGAGAAGCACAUGCAGGAACAAACAGAGGAGCAGGAAGAUGAUAAGCAGAUGACCCUGAUGUUGCUGGUCAGCACAUUACAAGCAUUUAUAGAGGGAUCCUCACUGGGAGAAUUCCACGUACGGCUUCAGAUGUUACUGGUUUUCCAUUGUCAUGUCUUGUUGAUGCCUCAAGUUGAAGGAAAGGAUUCACUUUGCAGUGUUCUGUGGAAUUUGUACCAUUAUUACAAGCAAUUCUUUGACCGGGUCCAAGCCAAAAUUGUGGAACUUCGUUCCCCCCUAGAAAAAGAACUUAAAGAAUUUGUAAAGAUAUCCAAGUGGAAUGAUGUCAGCUUCUGGUCCAUUAAACAAUCUGUGGAAAAGACACACAGGACCCUCUUUAAAUUCAUGAAGAAAUUUGAAGCCGUCCUGAGUGAACCCUGCCGGUCAUCCUUGGUGGAGAGUGACAAGGAGGAACAGCCUGACUUUUUGUCACAGCCAGCAGCCACCAGCGAGGCAUCCCCCAUUCAGAGUCUGAACAUGGCACUGAGGGAGACCCUGUUGGCCCGGCCAGUAGCUGCACAGGCUGUGAUUCCAGAACAGUGUCAGGGUGCUUCUUUCCCCUUGGAGGGAGAGCUGCUGUGUCGCUUGCCAAAGCUCAUGAAACGAAUGAGGAAGGUGUGCCUGACGCUCAUGAAGGAAAGCCGUCUGCCUUACCUAGUGGAGGGCCUUGAUCACUUCACUGGUGAAGUGAUUUCCUCUGUGAGUGAGCUGCAGAGCUUGAAGGUGGAGCCCUCUGCAGAGAAGGAGAAGCAGCGGUCAGAAGCCAAGCAUAUUCUCCUGCGGAAGCAGCGAGCUUUAGCAGACCUCUUUCAACACCUUGCCAAAACUGGUUUGUCAUAUCGCAAAGGUCUUGCCUGGGCCCGUUCAAAAAACCCUCAAGAGAUGCUUCAUCUUCACCCGUUAGAUCUCCGGAGUGCAUUGUCUGUAGUCAGCAGCACUCAGGCUGAUUCUAGGCUGCUGACAGAAAUCUCCUCUUCAUGGGAUGGAUGCCAGAAGUACUUCUUUCGCUCUCUUGCACGGCACGCCAGGCUUAGUGCAGCCUUAGCAGCUCCUGCCAAGGAGUUGGGCAUGAGCAACGUCGAGCGAUGCAAAGGGUUCUCGGCACAUCUGAUGAAGGUGCUUAUCCAACAGCGGCGCUCCCUGACCACGCUGACUGAGCAGUGGAUCCUCCUCAGGAACCUCCUUGGCUGUGUGCAGGAGAUUCAUGGCAGGCUGACUGAGCCGCUGGUCUACCCGGUGGCCUUCCCCCCACAGGAUGGUGUGCAGCAGUGGACAGAAAGGCUGCAGCAUCUGGCCAUGCAGAGCCAGAUCCUGCUUGAGCAGCUGUCCUUGCUCCUCCAGUGCUGCCCCAGUGCAGGGCCAACUCCAGGCCACAGUGGUGCCCAGGUACAGGGUCAGCCUUCUGCCCCCUACCCAGAAGGACCAGAGCUCACCAACGGCCAGCUUUCUGGAGCCAUACAGGACCUCAUCCCAUCAGAAUUGAGUUGCCCAUCCCCACUACCUCGAAAUCAGCUGCCCUCUGGUUGCUGGAUGCGGAAACAGGACGAGCUUUGGCAACAGUCAACUGCAAGAUUAACAGAGAUGCUGAAAACCAUUAAAACAGUGAAAGCUGAUGUUGACAAAAUCAGGCAGCAGUCUUGUGAGACUCUCUUUCAUUCUUGGAAAGAUUUUGAAGUUUGUUCUUCUGGGCUGAGUUGCCUGUCCCAGGUGUCAAUUCAUUUGCAAGGACUAGAGUCCUUGUUCAUUAUUCCCAGGAUACAAGUUGAGCAAACAGACCAACAAAUGGCAUUAGUUGAGAGCCUGGACUAUUUAAGAGGAGAAAUCAAUAAAGCCACAGAUGACUUUACUUCCUGGAAGACACAUCUACUUGCUUCAGGAAGCCAAAGUGGAAACCAAAUGUUAGAUGAAGGGUUUGUGGAAGAUUUUUCAGAACAGGUGGAAACUGCCAUCCGGGCCAUCCUUUGUGCCAUCCAGAACUUAGCAGAAAGAAACAGUAAAAAGACAGAGGAGAACACUGACCAAAGCAGACCACAAGAAGAGGAUGGGGCAGCAGGCUUGGAGGGACUGCAAUCAGGACAUCUAACAAAACUGUUAGAGGAUGAUUUGUGGGCCGACGUGAGCACUCUGCAUGUGCAGAAAAUCAUUUCUGCUGUCUCUGAGCUGUUGGAGAGGCUGAAAUCGUACGGUGAAGAUGGCACAGCAGCAAAACACACGUUCUUCAGCCAAUCCUGCUGCUUGUUGGUGCGUUUGGUGCCCAUGCUCUCCAGGUACUCAGACCUCGUCCUCUUCUUCCUGACCAUGUCUUUGGCAACUCACCGUAGCACUGCAAAGCUGCUCUCUGUUCUUGCCCAGGUCUUUACAGAGCUCGCCCAGGAGGGAUUUUGCCUGCCCAAAGAAUUCAUGGAAGAUUCAGCAGGAGAGGGAGCAACUGAGUUCCAUGACUAUGAGGGAGGUGGAAUUGGGGAAGGCGAGGGCAUGAAGGAUGUGAGUGACCAGAUUGAAAAUGAAGAACAGGCAGAAGAUACACUUCAGAAAGGCCAAGAAAAGGAUAAAGAGGAUCCCGAUUCAAAACCAGACAUUAAGGGCGAGGAUAAUGCCAUUGAGAUGUCAGAAGACUUUGAUGGGAAAAUGCAUGAUGGGGAACUUGAAAAAGAAGAGGAUGAUGGGAAAUCAGACAGUGAGGGCGGAGACCUGGAUAAACAGAUGGGCGAUCUGAAUGGUGAGGAAGCUGACAAACUUGAUGAGAGGCUUUGGGGUGAUGACGAUGAUGAGGAAGAUGAGGAAGAAGAAGACAGUAAAACUGAAGAAACAGGACCAGGAAUGGAUGAGGAAGAUUGUGGACUUGUUGCCAAAGACGACAACUUGGAUGCUGGGAAGUCAAACAGAGAUAAAAACCGAGAUAAGGAAGAAAAGGAAGAAGCAGAAGUUGCUGAUGAUAGACAAGACCAAGACAAAAUUAAUGAACAAAUAGAUGAGAGGGAAUAUGAUGAGAAUGAGGUGGAUCCUUACCAUGGCAAUCAGGAAGAGCUGCCGGAACCCGAGGCCUUGGACCUUCCAGAUGACUUGAACCUGGAUAGUGAAGACAAGAAUGGUAGUGAGGACACAGACCAGGAAGAAGGAGAAGAUAAUCCUUUGGAAAUUAAAGAAAAGCCAAUGGAUACUGAAGAAGCAGGUCAUGAAGCUGAGGAAAUAAAGGAACAGACCGAGGCUGACCACAGUGAAGGUCAGGGUCAACCUGAACCUGAAGAAGGCCCCAGUGAAGAUGAUAAGGGUGAGGGAGAAGAAGAGAUGGACACAGGAGCUGAUGACCAAGAUAAAGACACUGCUGAACAUCCUGAAGAAAACUCAGACGAUGAGCGUCAGUCUCUGGAGGACAAGGACAAGGAAACCAAUGAGGAAAGUGCAAACCAUGACGUUCCUGUUGACCAAGGUCUCCAGCCCCAGAAGCAGGAAGAAGAAGAAGAAGAAGGGAGCGGGGAGAACUCUGACACAGAGGAGCAGGUGCCAGAGGCCACGGAAAGGGAAGAACACGAUUCCUGCGGGCGGACCGGGGUGGAGAGUGUGCAGAGCGCACAGGCUGUGGAGCUGGCUGGGGCCGCGCCCGAAAAGGAGCAGGGAAAGGAGGAGCACGGGAGUGGAGCUGCAGAUGCAAACCAGGCAGAAGGCCACCAAUCCAACUUCAUUGCUCGAUUGGCUUCCCAGAAACAGACCAGGAAGGACACACAGAGUUUCAAGAGGAAACCUGGACAGGCUGACAAUGAACGCUCCAUGGGUGAUCACAAUGAGCGAGUGCAUAAGCGGCUGAGGACUGUGGAUAUGGAGAGCCACACUGAGCAGGGGCCAGCCCAGCCCCACGCCCAGGUGGAGGACGCAGAUGCAUUUGAGCACAUUAAACAAGGCAGUGACCCUUAUGAUGCACAGACGUAUGAUGUGGCCAGCAAGGAGCAGCAACAGUCUGCAAAAGAUUCCAGCAGGGGUCAGGAGGAGGAGAUGGAGGACACUUUCAUGGACACAGAGGAGGAAGAGCUCCAAGCAGCAGACGCAGAGCAGCUGAAGCCAGAGGAGAUCAAGUCAGGGACCACAGUGAGCCCCGGCUAUGAUGAGGUGGACAUGGAGACCCACAAUGUUAGAACAGAAGAAGACCAAGAUCCCAGGACCGACAUAUCCCAUGGGGAGACAGAGGAUAUGAAACCAGAGAGAAGCCAAGAUUCGACCAUUCACACAGCCCAUCAUUUCCUUGUGGACACAGUUUUCCAGCCCUUUUUAAAAGAUGUCAGUGAGCUAAGACAGGAGCUGGAGAGGCAGCUGGAAACAUGGCAUCCACAUGAAUCUGGAAACCCAGAAGAAGAGAAGGCUGCAGUGGAGAUGUGGCAGAGUUACCUGGCCGUAACUGCGCCUCUUUCACAACAGUUGUGUGAACAGCUUCGUCUCAUAUUAGAGCCUACCCAGGCCGCCAAGCUGAAAGGAGACUAUCGAACUGGGAAGCGGCUGAACAUGCGGAAGGUCAUUCCAUACAUUGCUAGUCAAUUUCGGAAAGACAAGAUUUGGCUUCGAAGGACCAAGCCCAGUAAACGCCAGUAUCAGAUUUGUUUGGCCAUUGAUGACUCUUCUAGCAUGGUAGACAACCAUACCAAACAGCUGGCAUUUGAAUCUUUGGCUGUGAUUGGAAAUGCUCUAACCCUCCUGGAAGUGGGUCAGAUUGCUGUGUGCAGUUUUGGAGAGUCCGUAAAGCUAUUACACCCAUUCCACGAGCAGUUCAGUGAUUCCUCGGGUUCCCAGAUUCUGCGGCUCUGCAAAUUCCAGCAAAAGAAAACCAAGAUUGCUCAGUUUCUCGAGUCUAUAGCCAGCAUGUUUGCAGCUGCUCAGCAGCCCUCCCAGCACGCCAGUCCAGAAAACGCACAGCUCCUCCUGGUGGUCUCUGAUGGGCGCGGCCUUUUCCUCGAGGGCAAAGACAGAGUCCUGGCAGCAGUCCAGGCUGCCCGGAAUGCUAACAUCUUCAUCAUUUUUGUUGUAUUGGACAAUCCCAGUUCACGGGAUUCUAUCUUGGACAUCAAAGUGCCCAUAUUUAAAGGACCUGGAGAGAUGCCUGAAAUCCGAUCCUACAUGGAAGAGUUCCCGUUCCCAUUCUACAUCAUCCUUCGCGAUGUGAACGCACUCCCCGAGACGCUCAGUGAUGCUCUUAGGCAGUGGUUUGAGUUGGUGGCAGCCUCUGACCACCUGUAGGGAAGGAACACAGUCUAAAGUGAGACUUUACACCAUUGUCAGACUUUGGCGCCUCCAGCCUGUUGCUCCCUCUUUUGGACAACUGCUUCCGAACUCACAGCUCUAAAAUGUUAUUUUAUCUUAGAUCUGAUUUAUAAAGAUUCAUCAAAUAGCUGCAGACAGUUUUUAUUACAAUGUACACUUUAUCUUAUAAUGUGCUUUCAGAGCCUGGCCAGCCUAGGCCUCUGCUGUUGCCCCGGCUACAGCCGUAACAAACCCAGGGCAGCGGCCGGUGUCUGGACCUGGAAGCCCCGGCCCAAGAGGAGGCUAGGGCCCAGCUGCUGUCCCCCUGGAGGAGUAGCUGCUGGGAGAAGGGGACCGUCCCAGUCCUUUGGACAAAGGACCACAGGCAGCUGCCCUUGUGACCCUGCUCUGAGGCUCCGCCUUGCCGAUCCCACAGUGUGUAUCUAAAUGCCGUCAAGAGGCGGAGACAGCUGCAGCUUUCUAGAGGCUCGACUGCGUGUGUUUUGUCAUUGUGCUUCAUGUGCAGGGAACUACCUUCUCUUUGAGGGUUAGGGAGGUCAGGGUGUGUGUGCUCUUACAAAGCAACCAGAUAGCAUAGGAGCCCAGGUAAGCCGAAAAAUGACCCCCGGGCUGUGUAAAAAUGAAGUGGCUUUUCUGUGCCGUCCUUUGCAUUUGCUGCUGCGGGAGACUAUGCAAUGAUGGAAAAGUGAUUUUCCCUUUGGUUAUUUCAUUCUCUCAGCGCCUCGGUCCCUGGUGUCGUAGUAAUUUAUUUCUUUAGUUCAUUUUUUUCUUAACCAUUAAGGGGAAGAAUAUUCCUCACACUGCUUUCAAGCUGGACUGAGCCAGUCUCGUUCUGGAAAAGAAAAUGCCGUGUUUAAGAAAACUAAGUACUUUUUUUUCCCCCCCAGUUAAACUACAUCAAUGAUUUUUAGACAGUUUUUACUUGGCCAGAAAGCACUGAUUGAAUACUUGAAAUUGUUGCUGUGUUCUAUUUAAGUUGUCAGAAUGUCGUUUUGUAGACAACAUGCCAUCACGUAAUCGUCUAUCUCCUGUUUGUUUUCAAGUUACACUGUGAAGUUUGCCACAUUUUUGAGGUGGUCAUCGAAGACACAGAUUGCUUGUUGUUUAACCAAGUGUCCUAAAGCAUGUACCUGAAGUUAUAUCAUUUUUUAUUCUAAAAAGCUAUGCAGCUUAUAUUCUGAAAAUUAUUAAAUAUAUACCACUGUUGUAA